GCCCAAUUGAGCGAAGCCCAAGACGGCGAAUAUGAUUUCAACCUCUACUCUACACCACUCGCUUCGCGGCGCGUGCAUUUCCUUUCCCAACAAAACCCCAGCAGCAUUUCCUGCGCAGCUGAACGAACUAAUCAGGAAGCUCCAGACGCCUAUGGCCAACGACAUCGACGCUGAGUUUCCUCCCCAAAUCCUCUGCGAUUCUCUUAAUUCUUCGAGUCUCCUUUCCGAUCCUCACGCUGGUCUGAGCCGCUGAAGCAGAUUGUAUAAGCAAUGGGUGAUGCAAUUGACUUAACCGGCGAUGGAGGUGUCAUGAAGAAGAUCGUAAGGCGUGCAAAAGCCGAUGCAGUUGAACCUUCAGAUGAUCUUCCUCUUGUUGAUGUUCAUUACGAGGGCACAUUAGCCGACACCGGGGAAGUCUUUGAUACCACACAUGAAGACAACACAAUCUUCUCAUUCGAAAUUGGAAGUGGUUCGGUGAUUCGGGCAUGGGAUGUUGCCUUGAGAACGAUGAAGGUGGGAGAGGUUGCAAAGAUCACUUGCAAGCCGGAGUACGCCUAUGGCAGUGCAGGCUCUCCACCGGAUAUUCCAGCAGAUGCAACUCUUGUUUUCGAGGUGGAACUUGUGGCUUGUCGUCCUCGGAAAGGUUCCAGCAUGAGCAGUGUUUCAGAGGAGAGAGCUAGGCUAGAUGAGCUGAAGAAGCAAAGGGAAAUGGCGGCUGCAGUCAAAGAGGAAGAGAAGAAGAAACGAGAAGAAGCGAAAGCUGCUGCCGCUGCUCGUAUUCAGGCCAAACUAGACGCAAAGAAGGGUGGAGGGAAGGGAAAAGGGAAGUCCAAGUAACAAAGGAAUGUGCUCCAGCUUCCCAGUUUUAGCUCUUCCAUAUUGUUGUAUUUGAAACUCAACUGUAGUUGUCGACUCACUCAGAGCGAUAGCGCGACUGUUAAGGCCAAUAAAUUACCAGCUACUCUGCUAGCAGAUAGUAACAAUUUCAAUAUCAUUUUGAGUGUAUGAUUUUGAGGUGUUAAGGCUAACAAACACAGAGCAACCAUUGCCUGAUGUGAGACUUCUCCCAACUCAAUCAAGUAUCCACGGCAAGUAAAAAGUUACUAUAAUAACUGUG